UUCAUUCUCACUUUCUUCUCUGUAUGUUUGUGUGUGUGAUAUAGAGGGAAAUAUAUAAAUAUAGAGAGAGAUGGAAAAAUUGUAUGUAAUAUUUGUUCUUGCACUUGUACUUGUGCAUGCAACUGCAAGAAACAUUCCUACCGAAACAAAAGACACAAACCCUAACGCUAAUACCCUAACCCACGUGGAAAACAAACACAAUGUGGGUGCUGCCGGCGUAGAUGAUCAGAAGAACUUCGUCACUUUCGGCGGCGUGGGGGGCUGUGCCGGUGUUGGUGGAGUUGCAGGGGUGCUGCCUGUUCUGCCUCUUGGUGGUGUUGGCGGAGUUGGUGGAGCCGGUGGCCUUGGGGGUGCUGGUGGUGUUGGAGGUCUAGGCGGCGGAAUUGGAAAAGUUGGUGGCCUGGGUUUUAAAGGAGCCGGAAUCGGUGGCGGAGUUGGUGGUGCAGCCGGUGCCGGCGGCAUUUUGCCUUAAAAAGUUUGUUUUCAAGUGUCCUUUCUUGGUUGUCUUUUAUUGUAUUUUUCAUGUUUAUUCUGGGGUAUGAAAUUGUUGGCCUGCUGUCAUAAUUUUGUCUAAUUAGGUUGUUGUCUGAUGUUUUAUUUCCGAGGUCUAAUGUAUUUCUUGUGUUUUGAAUUCUGGAAUUUAGUACGUAAUAAGUUAAUUUCUUGUC